AUGAGUGAUGUUCAAGAACCUUUGUGUAGGCUUUGUAUCAAAACUAUAACUGAUAACAGUUUUGAAAUAAUAGACAUCGCUACUAGAGACAUUCUACAUGUGCUUUUGUUGAAAUUGAAGUGCGACGGGGAGAGCAAAGAUGUUAUAUGUAACACUUGCAGAAAGAAGUUAAAUUCAGCAUUAGAAUUUAAAUCGGCAUGUCUGAAUACCGAUAACACAAUUAUACCAUAUGUGGACUGUAAAAAAAUGUUAGAGCUCGAUAUGAGAGAAAUGUACAUGAGGGAAAACGGAAAAAAGAUAAUGAAUAUUUCGGACAGUCAGAAAAUAUGUCGAUUGUGUAUGCAGCCAGUAAGUAGCGAGUUUAGGUGCAUACGUGAAGAGGAACUUGAAGCCAUUGAGAAAUUGGCUCCUGAAAUGAUUAUAAACAUGGUCAAAGAUCCCGUUGUUUGUAAGCCAUGCUUCGAUUCUCUGUGUACUCACAACAAUUUUCUGAGAGAUUGCUUAGAGGUAGAAGAAAAAAUUAGUUCAGCAAUGGAAAGUCCAGCAGAUACAGCACAAUCUGAUUUAUUCAUUAAAACUGAAUGUUUGGACAAAGAACUCGAUAUUAAUGAGGCAGAAUUGUCGAUCAAAGAUGAAUGUGUUGAUAUAAAGUCAGAAGUUGAAGAAAAGAGUGACACCUCACCGCAGAGCUCUGAUAAUGAACCAUUCGCGAAGGUCCAGAUGUAUAGAUGUAACGACUGUGAUUACAAAACUAAACACAAGAAUGCUAUCAAACAGCACCAAUUGAAGCAUAAUGAUCCUUCACAGGUUAAAAUGUAUAGGUGUAAUGACUGCAGUUACGAAACUAAAUACAAGAGCGAUGUGACAAAGCAUGAAUUGACACAUAAAGGUCCUUCGCAGGUUCUAAUGUACAGAUGUAAUGACUGCAGUUAUGAAACUAAAUACAAGGGCAACAUGAAAAAGCAUGAAUUGACACAUAAAGAUCCUUCGCAGGUUCAAAUGUACAGGUGUAACGUUUGCGACUACGAAAGUAGACACAAGUAUGUUAUCAAAAGGCAUCAGCUAAAACACAAAGAUCCUUCCCAGAUUCAAAUGUUCAAGUGUAACGAAUGCGAUUACGAAGCUAAAUACAGGGGUUAUAUUAAAAGACAUCAACUGAAACAUAAAGAUUCCUCGCAGGUUCAAAUGUACAGAUGUAACGACUGCAAUUAUGAAACAGUAUACAUGAGAGAUAUCAAUAGGCACCAACUGACACAUAAAGAUCCUUCACAGGUUCAAAUGUACAGGUGUAACAACUGUGACUACGAAACUAAAUACAAGAAGAAUAUCAUACAACUGUGUCUCAAUACUGUAAGGGAUUCAAAUCGCCAGGUGAUAGACGAAGUCAUCAAAAGGGAUGUUCUAAAAAUUGUUUUGCCGGGUGUGAAUUUGGAGGAAAACAAACAUUUUAUGUGUACAACGUGUUCCGUAAAAUUAUUUGCUGCUUUUAAUUUUAAAUCAAUAUGUAUGGAAACGGAGGAUAUAAUUUUUCCUCAUGUUAACGCCAGUAAAAUGCCACUGAUUGAUUUAAAGGAAGUUUAUCUAAAAGAGAAGGGAAAUAGUCAGUUAAUCGAUAUAUCGGAAGAUCAUAGAAUUUGUCGAUUAUGUUUUCAGUCGGUAACUUUCGGAUUUCUGGCAUUAAAUGAAGUGGACGUCGACAUAAUCCAUGCAUGUAUACCACAGCUUAAUGUCAGUGCUACCAGGGAUCCUGUUAUAUGUAGAACAUGCUUUGAUUCGCUUCGUACUCAUGGUAGUUUUUUAAAAAGCUGCCUUGAAGUACAUGAGACAUAUACAAACGGAGAUGAACAAUUUUACAUUAAAACUGAAGAAAUUGAAAUAAAACUGGAAGAUGAUCAAGACGGCGACACACCACUGCAGACCUACGAUAAUGAACCAUUCGAGAAGAGUGACUGUAAAGAUGCAGAAGACGAUGCAUGUAGAGCUGAGAAUAGCGCAACAAACACAUGUAACGUGAAAAUCAAGCAGGAGCCCAAAGUAUCGGAUGAAUGUAUUUACGAAACUGGAUGCGAGAGCUGUUUUACGUCACAACGGAAACAUAAAAAUCUUUCGCAGGCUCAAACGUAUAAGUGCAAUGACUGCGAUUAUGAAACUAAAUAUAAGAGAGAUUUUGAACGGCAUCAACUGAAACACAAAGAUCCUUCGCAGCUUCAAAUGUACAAGUGUGACAAAUGCGAUUACGAAACCAUAUACAGGAGUUAUAUUAAAAAUCAUCAACAGAAACAUAACGAUCCUUCACAAAUUCAAAUGUACAGGUGUAACGACUGCGAUUACAAGACUAUAUACAGGAAUGAUAUUAAAAAGCACCAACAGAAACAUAGGGAUCCUGCUCAUAUUCAAACGUAUAAGUGUAAUGACUGCGAUUAUGAAACUAAAUACAAAAGUGCUAUAAAAAAGCAUCAACUGACACACAAAGAUCCUUCACAGAUUCAAAUGCACGCAUGUAAUGACUGCAGCUACAAAACGAAAUACAAAGAUAAUAUCAAAAAGCAUCAACUGAAACACAAAGAUCCAUCGCACAUUGAAAUGUAUAGGUGUAACGUCUGCGACUAUGAAACUAAAUACAAGAGUGCUAUCAAACAGCAUCAGCUGAAACAUAAAGAUCCCUCGCAGAAAUUCGAUGAUGAGAGCAAAGAGGUUAUAUGUAAUGCUUGCAGAAAAAAAUUAUAUGCCGCAUUCGAAUUCAAGUCGAGGUGCCUGAAUACCGAUAACACAAUUAUUUCACAUGUGGAUUGCGAAAAAAUGUUAAAGCUCGACAUAAGGGAAGUAUACAGGAAAGAAAAGGGAAGCAAGUCAAUUUCCGAUAGUGAGAAAAUAUGUCGAUUGUGUAUGAACUUGGUAAAAAGUGAGAUUAUGUGCAUACGUGAAGGGGAACUCGAAGCCAUUCAGAAAUUGACUCCUGAAAUGAAUAUAAAUAUCAUCGAAGAUCCCGUUAUAUGUCAGGAAUGUUUUGAUUCCCUGUGCACCCACAACAGUUUCCUUAGAGAAUGCUUAGAAGUAGAGGAAAAAAUUAGAGGUGCUUAUGAUAAUUCAGCCACAGAAAGUCGAAUAGACACGUCACCAUCUGAUUUAUUUGUUACGACUGAAAACCUGGACAAAGACUUGGAUAUGAGCGAGAUGGAAUUUUCAAUCAAAACUGAGUGUGUCGACAUAAAAUCUGAAGAUGAGGAAAGAAGUGAUGCGCCACUGCAGACGUCCAAUAAUGAACCAUCGGAGAAGAGUGAUUGUAAAGAUGCGGAAGAGGAUAGAUGUAAAAAUGAGAAUGGAUCGGAAAACAAAUGUAAUAAGAAAGCCAAGCGGGAGUGCAAGGUAUUGUACAAAUGUGAUAAACCUAUUUACCAAACUGGAUGCAAGAGUCAUUUUACCAUGCACUGUGCAAGACACAAGAACAAUUCGGAAGGAUAUAAAUGUGAAUCCU